CGCGGACAAGAUGGCGGCGGCAGCGGUCGACAGCGCGAUGGAGGUGGUGCCGGCGCUGGUGGAGGAGGCCGCGCCCGAGGCGGCGGGCCUCAGCUGCCUCGUCAACCUGCCCGGAGAGGUGCUGGAGUACAUCCUGUGUAGCGGCUCGCUGACGGCCGCCGACAUCGGCCGCGUCUCCAGCACCUGCCGGCGGCUGCGCGAGCUGUGCCAGGGUAGUGGGAAGGUGUGGAAGGAGCAGUUCCGGGUGAGGUGGCCUUCCCUUAUGAAACACUACAGCCCCACCGACUACGUCAAUUGGUUGGAGGAGUACAAAGUUCGGCAAAAAGCUGGGUUAGAAGCCCGGAAGAUUGUAGCCUCGUUCUCAAAGAGGUUCUUUUCAGAGCACGUCCCUUGUAACGGUUUCAGUGACAUUGAGAAUCUUGAGGGCCCCGAGAUAUUUUUUGAGGAUGAGCUGGUGUGUAUCCUAAAUAUGGAAGGAAGAAAAGCUUUGACCUGGAAAUACUAUGCCAAAAAAAUCCUUUAUUACCUACGACAGCAGAAAAUUUUAAAUAAUCUUAAGGCUUUUCUUCAACAGCCUGAUGACUAUGAAUCGUAUCUUGAAGGUGCGGUGUAUAUUGACCAGUACUGCAACCCUCUCUCUGACAUCAGUCUAAAGGACAUCCAGGCUCAGAUUGACAGCAUCGUGGAGCUUGUUUGCAAAACCCUCCGGGGCAUAAACAGUCGCCACCCCAGCUUGGCCUUCAAGGCAGGCGAGUCCUCCAUGAUCAUGGAAAUAGAGCUCCAGAGUCAGGUGCUGGAUGCCAUGAACCAUGUCCUGUAUGACCAGCUGAAGUUCAAGGGGAACCGAAUGGAUUACUACAACGCCUUGAACUUAUAUAUGCACCAGGUGUUAAUCCGCAGAACAGGAAUCCCCAUCAGCAUGUCUCUGCUCUACCUGACAAUUGCCCGGCAGUUGGGGGUCCCACUGGAGCCUGUCAACUUCCCCAGCCACUUCUUACUAAGGUGGUGCCAAGGUGCAGAAGGGACGACCCUGGACAUCUUCGACUACAUCUACAUAGAUGCUUUUGGGAAAGGCAAGCAGCUGACAGUGAAAGAGUGUGAAUACCUGAUCGGCCAGCACGUGACCGCGGCACUGUACGGGGUGGUGAACGUGAAGAAGGUGUUGCAGCGAAUGGUGGGAAACCUGUUAAGUCUGGGGAAGCGGGAGGGCAUUGACCAGUCCUACCAGCUCCUGAGGGACUCUCUGGACCUGUACUUGGCGAUGUACCCCGACCAGGUGCAGCUGCUCCUCCUCCAAGCCAGGCUUUACUUCCACCUGGGCAUCUGGCCAGAGAAGUCUUUCUGUCUUGUCUUGAAGGUGCUUGACAUCCUCCAGCACAUCCAGACCCUAGACCCGGGGCAGCACGGGGCGGUGGGUUACCUGGUGCAGCACACGCUGGAGCACAUUGAGCGGAAAAAGGAGGAGGUGGGGGUGGAGGUCAAGCUUCGCUCCCACGAGAAGCACAGGGACGUCUGCUACUCCAUUGGGCUCAUUAUGAAGCACAAGAGGUACGGCUAUAACUGUGUCAUCUACGGCUGGGACCCCACCUGCAUGAUGGGCCACGAGUGGAUCCGGAACAUGAACGUCCACAGCCUGCCUCACGGCCACCAUCAGCCCUUUUACAACGUCCUGGUGGAGGACGGGUCCUGUCGGUACGCCGCCCAGGAGAACCUGGAGUAUAACGUGGAGCCUCAGGAGAUCUCCCACCCCGAUGUUGGACGCUACUUCUCGGAGUUCACGGGCACUCACUACAUCCCUAACGCAGAGCUAGAGAUCCGGUACCCAGAGGACCUGGAGUCUGUGUAUGAGACGGUGCAGAACAUUUACAGCGCAAAGAAAGAGAACGUGGAAUAGAGCCUCGGGGACGUCAGACCUUUGCUGCUGCUGCUCUUUUCCAAGACGACGGGGUUUGGGGUGCAGACGUCCCCUUGGAUCCCUCUGGACUCACACCACCGGGCAGGCCACUCAACCGGUCAUGCUGGUUGCCUCCUACCAAGUGGAAAUCACGUGUGCUCUCUCCGCCAGCUGCAAAGACAAUGUUGCUCUCCGCCUACACUAGUGAUUCAUUUGACAGGCACUGUCUCAGUGGCAUGGCUUGUAUGCUUGUCCUGUGGUGACCGUUUGUGACAUGCUGUCUUCAUGACGUAUCACCGUUGACACUUAGAACCGUUCUUUUUCCUCAUACCCCCUCCCCACCCUGCAUUGCGUCUGUCUACGUCGUCUCAGAGCGUUUCGCUUGCUGGACAGGUGGAGUUGUCUGUUUGCAAUCGUUUCUCUCUGAUCUCUUUGUGAACCGUGUGCGCUCCUCGGUCAGGAUGGUCUGUCCUUUUACCCAGGGCUGAAGCUCUAAGUGAUCAUGGCCGCAUAGUGGAUCUGGAGUCAUUAACAAACUAACAGUAAUCAGAAUCAUUCGAAUUUUUUUUCCCUAAUUUUUGAAACAGAUUUCCGACAUUUUAUCUUUUUCUUUAAAUGAAUUGAGAGCAUGGCACAGUUUUGCUUUCCCAGAUUCAUCUCUCGGAUUUACACUCAUAUCUCUUAAGAAUCAUUAGGUUUUUUUAUUUUAUUACAUAAAAUUCUUUGAAAAAAUGCAUAGUAAUAGUCUUUGUGAAUGGGUUUUCCCACUUUCAUCUACUAUUCCUCCCUUAAAAAUAAGUGGGUUUUUUUUUAAUCUACUCCAGUAUCGUAAGUAGAUCUUAAAUCAGCAAUGAGUUCUCUCUUUAGUAGGAAAGUACAAUCUGCUGUUAAAAUGUCUGCGUUUUAGAAGCCGUGCUCCGUGGUCUCCAAAGACCUGAAAAUGAGGUUUUACUUUUAUAACCAGAAAUGAGAAGAAAUAAUGAAGCAUAGAAACUAAAAAGCGAAGGGGAGGCCUCGUGCUCCCUGUUCUCCCUUAGAAUCAUUUCAAGGCCUUUCUGAACGUGGCAGGGUAGAAGUGAGUGAAGUAUCUCCGGUGUGAGAGCGCGAGCUCGGUGGGAAAGGAGACAGCGUGGCCGGCAUGCUCCAGUCACCGUUGCCAUGGCGGCAGCAGGAGGAGGCCUGUGCUCAAGCCCCGGGAUUCCGGCUUCAUACCCAGGCGCUGCCGGCACCCAUCUUUCCCACGUUUGUGGUACCCAAGCAGGAAGGCACCUUGUCCUAACGCAGCUCUGGACUCCCACCGCUCUCCACCUGCCCCUUCUCCAGUGGGCCAGCCUUGUAGUUGACCUGUAGUAGCUAACUUCUGAAGUUAGAACCUAGUUACUCUGCUCUCUUAAGUUGAAAAGAUUUCCAGUUGCUCUAGUGAAUGAAGCUCUGGGGGCUGUGAUCCAGCCACGCCUCACCGCCCAUCUGUCCCUUUGCAUGCAGUAUUUCCAUACUACGUUCGGUGACUGCUUCUCGUUUACCCUUCGGAAACCGUGGGAUGACUGAGGUUUGGAGAAGCCACCUGAGACCACUUCCCAGCUAGUGACAGUUCCUGAGCGGUUACUAGAAAGAAAUGGGGAUUUGGCUAGCCAGCUCCUUCCCGCCCCAAUUAGCUCUGGUCCAGGGCCCAUGUCCCUCAUUGGUCCAAUCCAAAGUCAGAUGGUCUGGACGCGCAUUGGGAAUUGUGACCACUCACAACACCCGGCCUGCCCAAGGUUAGGGGCGUUUUACACUACUCUCAUUUAAAGGUGAAAAUUAGAUACUAUGGCAUUAAUAUUACUGAGAUGCUUUACUAAGAAUCUGUGGCGCAUGCUGAGAGUUAAAACUGUUGGUUUUCUGGUUUGAUUUCCUUUUUUCUUAGAGUGACAUUGAAGCCAAGAAAGAUGGUUUUACUUUUACUGACCCGAUGUAAAUAUGUAUCUAGACUGUUUCUAAAUGUGUUUCUCCAUGAAUGCAUCAUUUGGCUCCAGGAAGCCUGUGACACCUGUGUAAGUUGGUCUUUGGGCACUUUAUAUUUUUCUAAAAACGUGUUUUGGAUCCUGUACUCUAAUAAAUCAUAAGUUUCUUUUUAAAAUUUUUCCAAAUGUUUUCUCCACUUAAAAAAGCCCUGUUAUAAAAGUAGAACUUUCACAAUGUUGAAAUACUCACUCUUUGGAUAUAGUAACUUCUUUUCUCUUCCAAUGAAUGCCAAGAUUUUUUGUACAAUAAUUAAUAAAUGGAACUUAUCCAGAGAAACCACACCAAUGGCCUGCCGGGUCUCGUUCCAGGUAGACAGCCCAGCCAUGGCAACAGCAGAGUCUUGCUUGGUUCUCAUUGAUUAAAAUGGGCGAGAAGUGACUCUCCUGCCUUUUUCUAACAUCUGUGAGCGAACAGGGAAAUACUGUGAUUUCCCUGCCAAACGUUAACCUUCUGAGCUGGCUGCUCACCUUGAGAGUGGUUGCAACGCAAAGAUUGCAGCUUUUUAAUGACAUCAAGUCACAUGUCUUGAAGCGAGAGCUGUGGAUGCCUUGUGAGGGAAACCCAGGUUCUCGGGGUGUCGAUGCUGACCCCAUAGCUGCAUGCCCAUGGCACGUCCGCAGCUUCGCACCUAGCACCGUGUCUCCCCUGUGGUCACAUGCAUGCUGUCACACUCGUCGCAGCUGAGCAGUCCCCAGUUUUGCACACUCGGAACCUUUCACAUGCUGCUGUUCAUUGUCACUCCCCAGGAGAGGAGUGUGGUGGUGUCUUCCCAACUGCUCAGGCCCUGGAGCUUUCCUGCCGGGACACACCUGCAUACUCACUGCAAUCCUCCCCGCCUACCCUGAGGCCCGAGGUUUGCAGGCGUGCUUUGGGAAACACUUUCAGUGAGGUGUCAGUUACACCCAACCUCGUCCAUGUCGCCAGCAGACCAGUCUGGCCAAGCGUCUCAUUUGAAAGUACGAUCCAUCUAAUCGCAGUUUGAGAGGCUGGCUUUGUGGCCUGUCUGCCAGAGCCUCACAGAUCUCCAUUGGAAGUGACAUUCGCACUGCAAAAUCGUGUUACUUCAAAAACCUGUGUUAAUACUCUCGAUCAGCUUUAUGUUUUCGAAUAUCUGGUUAAAGUCUUGUUUCUACUUUUAAACUGUCCGAGUCUUAACGUAUUAAACUGGGUCGUGCUUCAGCGUCCUGAGCUCUGCUCUGCUACCACCAGGCCCAUUUGCUGUAAAGGGGGAAGUGGGGGAUGUGUCUUUCCUUCCUCUGUGAAACCAGACUGCCGGAAGCCUUUUCUUUGGGAAGUGUUUCAUGGUCAUAAUAAUCAAGCUGUUGUUGUUGUUUGUGGUUUUUGUUUGGCGGUUUUUUCUUUUUUUUGAAGGGAAGGAGAGACUGUUCACCUAGAAGAAAUGCAGAAUUUGGCUCCAUGACGGUUUGGUUUUGGAGAAAACAGCUGUAUUGCAUUGUAUUACCUUGUAUUACGUCAGGCCAGGCACCAGGCAUAACUGUUUAUAACCCUCACAGCAACCCUUUAGGACGCGGACCGGGCGGUGAAUAUUUUUGCGGGCUGCGUAAAGUCUCUGUCACAUAUUCUUGGUUGGAAAAAUGUAAGGAAAAAAAAAGCAUUCUUAGCUUGAGGGCUGUGAGGCGGCAGGCUGGAGGGGGCCAGAUGGCCGUGGGCUAUAGUUCACUGAAUCCCGCCGAGGCAUAGGGCCGCCGAGUUCCCCUAGCGGACCGCUCCCAGGUGGAGAGCCUGGCCUCCGAGCUCCAGCUCCCCGCGGCCUUGCUGCCGACAACCUCAGCAGCUACCUCACAAACGUCUCGACCCUCUGCCUUGCUGCACCCUUAACUUCCCAUGUUUCAGUUCUGAAAAUUUAGAGAGUCCUGAGAGAAAAGAACAUUCCUUCGGUGAAUAAAAUUUAUGUGCAAAUACAGAAGAGAUGUAUUACGGCCAUUUAGCAAUGAUUGUAUUAGGGUCACGCUAGUUCUGUAAUAAAUAGACCCAGAAAUGUA